GCGCUGCCGGCGGAAUCCCCGGCUUCUGGGGCGGCGAGUGGCCCGGCCGGGUGCCGAGCGUUCGGGGCGGGAAAGAAGAGUUGAGCGGCCGCUCCGGCGCCGGGCUCGGUCGGCCGGCCGCAGCCUCGCGGGCCGCCCUCCCGUGCCUCGCCAGCGGGCACCCUGGCCGUGGGCACCUGCGGGGCGCGCGGCGCGCGACCGCUGGGCGGCGGCGGCAUGAAGGUCACGUCGCUCGACGGGCGCCAGCUGCGCAAGAUGCUCCGCAAGGAGGCGGCGGCGCGCUGCGUGGUGCUCGACUGCCGGCCCUACCUGGCCUUCGCCGCCUCGAGCGUGCGCGGCUCGCUCAACGUCAACCUCAACUCGGUGGUGCUGCGGCGGGCCCGCGGCGGCGCGGUGUCUGCGCGCUACGUGCUGCCCGACGAGGCGGCGCGCGCGCGGCUGCUGCAGGAGGGCGGCGGCGGCGUGGCGGCCGUGGUCGUGCUCGACCAGGGCAGCCGCCACUGGCAGAAGCUGCGCGAGGAGAGCGCCGCGCGGGUCGUGCUCACCUCGCUGCUCGCUUGCCUGCCCGCCGGCCCGCGGGUCUACUUCCUCAAAGGAGGAUAUGACAACUUCUACUCGGAAUAUCCUGAGUGUUGCGUGGAUGUACAACCCAUUUCACAAGAGAAGGUUGAAACCGAGAAAGCCCUCAUGAACCAGUGUGGGAAACCAGUGCUCAGCAUCAGCUACAGGCCGGCUUAUGACCAGGGCGGCCCAGUUGAAAUCCUCCCUUUCCUCUACCUUGGAAGUGCCUACCAUGCAUCCAAGUGCGAGCUCCUCGCCAACCUGCACAUCACGGCCCUGCUGAAUGUCUCACGGCGGAUUUCCGAGUCCUGCACGACCCACCUACACUACAAAUGGAUCCCUGUGGAAGACAGCCACACAGCUGACAUUAGCUCCCACUUUCAAGAAGCAAUAGACUUCAUUGACUGUGUCAGGGAAAAGGGAGGCAAGGUCCUGGUCCACUGUGAGGCUGGGAUCUCCCGUUCGCCCACCAUCUGCAUGGCUUACCUCAUGAAAACCAAGCAGUUCCGCCUGAAGGAUGCCUUCGAUUACAUCAAGCAGCGGAGGAGUGUGGUCUCGCCCAACUUCGGCUUCAUGGGCCAGCUCCUGCAGUAUGAGUCUGAGAUCCUGCCUUCCACGCCACAGGCUCCCUCCUGCCAAGGGGAGGCAGCCAGCUCUUCAUUCAUAGCCCAUUUGCAGACAUUGAGCCCUGACGUGCAAGGUUCCUACUGCACAUUCCCUACCUCGGUGCUGGUGCCAGUGCCCACCCACUCGACAGUCUCAGAGCUCAGCAGGAGCCCCGUGGCCACGGCCACAUCCUGCUGAAACCGGGAUGGGGAAACAGCCCAGUCCCAAGAACAACUGUGAUUCUGCUUUCUAAACUCGUGGACAUUUCAUA